AUGGGGAAACAUGAUACCGAUGAAAAUACGGAAUUCCUCCCCAUGACUCGUCCAAGGUCCUCGUCCCACGCCUCUCAAACUUCCUCCGAUUCGGGCUUGUCCGUCGACUCAGCGUACCUAGCGGAGCAUAAGCCCCUUCCAACAACGAACGAUUCCUUUGGUGCCACGGAGGAGGCGAGUUAUCGUGAUUUGGAAGAUGGAGAGCCGGCGGUAGAUGAGCCAUUUCUCCCCACAUCCAAGAAGCCAUGCUCUGGGAAUCGUGCACGCCGGAUAUUCUGGAUCCUUAUAAUCCUGUGUCUUGGAGGCUGGGUGCUGGCAUUUGUGCUCUUCCUGGUCCAGGGACGGUCAAACUAUCAGACAGCUUCCAAUGCCCUGCAGUUGGACAAACCAGGUUCUGGCUCGGGCAGCACCAGCGCUGGAAAACCCGUGACGCUAGAACAAAUCAUCACAGGCAAAUGGUCCGCGACCGCGCAUGCUAUUUCCUGGAUUGCUGGGCCAGAUGGCCAGGACGGGCUGUUGGUGGAACAAGGCGAAUCUGGGGGGAAGGGCUUUUUGCGGGUCGAGGAUAUUCGCAGCCGCGAAGAUGAAGCCAACACUCUGAAAGGCAAGGUUCUGAUGGAAAAGCCCGUCGUACGAGUGGAUGGACGGGCCGUUGUUCCCUCCAGGACGUGGCCCAGCCCUGACCUGAAUAAGGUACUACUCAUGUCCGAACAUGAGAAGAACUGGAGGCAUUCGUACACAGGGAAAUAUUGGAUCUUGGACGUGGACACGCAGACGGCACAACCUUUGGACCCUAAAGUGCCUGAUGGACGCGUUAAACUCGCCAGCUGGUCUCCCACAUCAGAUGCGGUAGUGUUUGUGCGGAACAAUAACAUGUACUUACGCAAGCUAUCGUCGGAGACUGUCAUCCCGAUUACGAAAGAUGGUGGCAAGGACCUAUUUUACGGCGUCCCAGACUGGGUAUACGAAGAGGAGGUGAUUUCAGGAAACAGUGCAACAUGGUGGUCCAAUGAUGGGAAAUACAUCGCUUUUCUUCGCACCAAUGAGUCAACUGUUCCCGAAUACCCGGUUCAAUAUUUCUUAUCGAGACCAUCGGGAAAGAAGCCUCUCCCCGGGCUCGAGGAAUAUCCCGAAGUCCGGCAGAUCAAGUAUCCCAAAGCCGGAGCUCCUAAUCCCGUGGUCAAUCUGCAGUUAUACGACGUUGAGAAAAACGAAGUGUUCCCCGUGGAGUUGGCCGACGAUUUCGACGACGACGACCGGAUCAUCUUUGAUGUGCUGUGGGCAACCGAGGCCAAGGUCCUCAUCCAAGUCUCAAACCGCGAAAGCGAUUACCUAAAGAUAUUCCUGGUCGAUACCAAGACCAGGACCGGAAAGCUUGUCCGACAACAAGACGUUGCUGCCCUUGAUGGCGGUUGGAUUGAACCAGCGCAGGCCAUGAGAUUUAUCCCAGCCGAUCCCGAGAACGGGCGACCAGAGGAUGGUUAUGUCGAUACCGUAAUCCAUGAUGGAUAUGUACAUCUCGCCUACUUUACACCGCUUGACAAUCCGGAUCCUAUCAUGCUUACCACGGGUGACUGGGAGGUAGUGGAUUCACCGUCUGCAGUGGAUCUGCGCCGAGGCCUUGUCUACUUUGUUGCCACGAAGGAAGCACCCACCGAGCGCCAUGUAUAUCGAGUGCAGCUGGACGGGAAGAACCUUCAGCCCAUUACCGAAGUUUCAGAAAUUGGUUACUACGAAGCGUCAUUUUCCCAGGGGGCCGGAUAUGCGUUGCUUAGCUACAAAGGACCAUCGGUGCCAUCACAGGCGAUCAUCAACACUCAAGGGGACCAGGUUGUCUAUGAGAAGACCAUCGAGCAGAAUCCGGAACUCCACCGUAUGGUGUCAACAUAUUCUCUGCCCACUGAGGUGUAUCAAAACGUGACGAUCGAUGGCUUCACUCUCCAGGUAGUCGAACGCCGUCCUCCGCACUUCAAUCCGGCCAAGAAAUACCCUGUACUCUUCCAUCUGUACGGAGGACCCGGGUCCCAGACGGUGAACCGGAAAUUUACCGUUGACUUCCAAUCCUACGUCGCGUCCAGUCUAGGCUAUAUCGUCGUCACCGUGGAUGGUCGAGGCACGGGAUACAUCGGACGAAAAGCGCGAUGUAUCAUUCGAGGGAAUGUCGGACAUUACGAAGCACGCGACCAGAUUCAGACGGCCAAGAUGUGGGCCGAGAAGCCAUACGUUGACGAGACCCGCAUGGCAAUCUGGGGGUGGAGUUACGGGGGCUUCAUGACGCUGAAGACUCUCGAACAAGACGCAGGAGAGACCUUCCAAUACGGCAUGGCUGUUGCUCCUGUUACGGACUGGCGAUUCUACGACUCCAUCUACACCGAACGGUACAUGCACACGCCGGAAAACAACCCAUCCGGCUACGACAAUUCGUCGAUCAGCGACAUGUCGGCCCUGGAGCAAUCCGUGCGUUUCCUCGUUAUCCACGGCGCCUCCGACGACAAUGUUCAUCUCCAGAACACUCUUGUGUUGAUUGACAAGCUGGACUUGUCUAAUGUACAGAACUACGAUCUCCAUUUUUAUCCUGAUUCCGAUCACAGCAUCACUUUCCACAACGCUUAUUCCAUGGUCUAUGGCCGCCUGUCAAACUGGCUCGUCAAUGCAUUCAAUGGUGAAUGGCAUCGCAUUGCAACCCCGGUUCCUGAUGGAUCCAUCUGGGAGCGGUUUAGACGGUCCUUGCCGUUAUUUGUGCAUUAG